AUGUCGCCCACGGCAAUGUCGCUGACGACGACGACGACGAGCCACCUGCCCGUCUGCAAGGCGCAGGACGUCGCCAAGCAAGCGCCGCAGAGACGGGCCUCUCCCGCCAAGAUCACGCCCCCGUCGCCGGACGCUGCCGGGCUCCUCGGCAGGCGGGGGCUGCUCCAGUCCGCCGGCCUGGGGCUGGGGCUCGGGCUCGCCGUGGCAAGGCCGGCACGGGCUGAUCAACCGCCGGUGCUGGCGCCGGAGGAGCUGACGUCGAGCCGGAUGUCCUACUCCAGGUUCCUGGAGUACCUCAACGCCGGCGCGGUCAAGAAGGUGGACCUGUUCCAGAACGGCACGGUGGCCGUGGCCGAGGUGGACGAGCCGGCGCUGGCGAGGGCGCACCGCGUCAAGGUGCAGCUCCCGGGGCUCCCCGCCGAGCUGGUCCGGAAGAUGCGUGAGAAGGGCGUCGACCUCGCGGCCCAGCCGGCGGAGCCCAACGUCGGGCUGGACGUCCUCGGCCUCCUGCUUAACCUCGGCUUCCCGCUCCUCUUCCUCGCCUCGCUCUUCCUGCGGUCGUCGGGCGGCAUGAACGCGCCCGGCGGCGGGCCGGGCCUGCCCUUCGGGCUCGGCCGGUCCAAGGCCAAGUUCCAGAUGGAGCCCAACACGGGCGUCACGUUCGACGACAUCGCCGGCGUGGACGAGGCGAAGCAGGACUUCCAGGAGAUCGUGCAGUUCCUCAAGUUCCCGGACAAGUUCACGGCGGUGGGGGCGAGGAUCCCCAAGGGGGUGCUGCUGGUCGGCCCGCCGGGAACGGGGAAGACGCUACUGGCCAAGGCGAUCGCGGGCGAGGCCGGCGUGCCGUUCUUCUCGCUGUCCGGGUCGGAGUUCAUCGAGAUGUUCGUGGGCGUGGGCGCGUCGCGGGUGCGGGACCUGUUCAACAAGGCCAAGGACAACGCGCCGUGCCUGGUGUUCAUCGACGAGAUCGACGCCGUCGGCCGGCAGCGCGGCACGGGCAUCGGCGGGGGCAACGACGAGCGCGAGCAGACGCUGAACCAGCUGCUCACCGAGAUGGACGGCUUCCGCGGCGACAGCGGCGUCAUCGUCAUCGCCGCCACGAACCGGCCGGAGAUCCUCGACGCGGCGCUGCUCCGCCCGGGCCGCUUCGACCGGCAGGUGUCCGUGGGGCUGCCGGACGUGCGCGGCCGCGAGGAGAUCCUCAGGGUGCACAGCGCCAACAAGAAGCUGGACCCCGGCGUGUCCCUCGGCGUGGUGGCCAUGCGCACGCCCGGGUUCAGCGGCGCCGACCUCGCCAACCUCAUGAACGAGGCCGCCAUCCUCGCCGGCCGCCGCGGCAAGGACCGCGUCUCCGUCAAGGAGAUCGACGACUCCAUCGACCGCAUCGUCGCCGGCCUGGAGGGCGCCAGCAUGAUCGACGGCAAGAGCAAGAUGCUCGUCGCCUACCACGAGAUCGGCCACGCCGUCUGCGCGACGCUGACGCCGGGGCACGACGAGGUGCAGAAGGUGACGCUGAUCCCGCGGGGGCAGGCGCGGGGCCUGACGUGGUUCCUGCCGGGCGACGACCCGACGCUGGUGUCCAAGCGGCAGAUCUUCGCGAGGAUCGUCGGCGGGCUCGGCGGCCGUGCCGCGGAGGAGGUGAUCUUCGGCGAGCCGGAGGUGACGACGGGCGCGGCGGGGGACCUGCAGCAGGUGACGCAGGUGGCGCGGCAGAUGGUGACCACGUUCGGCAUGUCGGAGAUCGGGCCGUGGGCGCUGACGGAACAGGCGGCGCAGAGCGGGGACGUGGUGCUGCGUAUGCUGGCCAGGAACUCCAUGUCGGAGAAGCUCGCCGCCGACAUCGACAGGACGGUGAAGGCCAUCGUUGACGAGGCGUACGAGGUCGCCAAGGCGCACGUGAGGAGGACGCGGCCCGCCAUCGACCAGCUGGUCGACGUGCUCAUGGAGAAGGAGACGCUCACCGGCGAUGAGUUCAGGGCGAUCCUGUCGGGGUACGUCGACAUCGGCAGAGAGCAGAGGGACACGGCCGCGAGGACAGACAUGGUCACUGCUUGA